UACCGAGAUGAAGAUGGAGACCUGGUGGCGUUUUCCUCUGAUGACGAGCUGAUGAUGGGUCUGGCCUGUAUGCAGGACGCCACCUUCCGCCUCUACAUCAAAGAGAAGAAGGAGAACCGCAGAGACUUCCCUCUUCACGCCUUCCCUCCCUUCACCUUCGGCCACCCUCCCCCUCCUGGAUCCCCGAUGGGCCCGUCCCUUCACACGGCCCCGCCCCCUCAUAUGGCUCCGCCCCCCGUGCACAGUGACGUCACCUGUGACGGCUGCGACGGCCCAGUGGUGGGAACUCGCUUCAAGUGUUCGGUGUGUCCGAACUACGACCUGUGCUCUUCCUGCCAGGCGCGCGGCACGCACACGGAGCACGCUCUGCUGCCCAUCUGGCACCCGCUGCAGGUCAGUUCACUCACUCACUCACUCACCCGCUGCAGGUUAGUCACUCACUCACUCACCCGCUGCAGACCGUGGUAG